CUCUGCAGCCGAAGCCCAGGGGAGUUUUCCAGUGAGUCCAGCUCCUUAAAAGCCAGAGUUGUCCCUUCCCACCCCGGCCUUGGGAAGCGCCUCCGACAGCGAAUUUCCCUGCGCCCAGCGGGUGUCAGGGUCCUGGAGUGAGGGCUGGAGGAGGGGGCUGCCAUGGAAGAGAAUGUGUUCAGCGUGCAGCAGAUCCAGCCCAACGUCAUCUCGGUGAGGCUCUUCAAGCGCAAGGUGGGCGGCCUCGGCUUCCUGGUGAAGGAGCGCGUCAGCAAACCGCCCGUCAUCAUCUCCGACCUGAUCCGGGGCGGGGCUGCCGAGCAGAGUGGCCUCAUCCAGGCUGGGGACAUCAUUUUAGCCGUCAAUGGCAGGCCCCUGGUGGACAUGAGCUAUGAGACGGCGCUGGAGAUCCUGAGAAGCAUCGCCUCCGAGACCUACGUGGUCCUCAUCCUGCGCGGCCCCGAGGGCUUCACCACUCACCUGGAGACCACUUUUGCGGGAGACGGGACGCCCAAAACCGUCCGUGUCACCAGACCCCUGUGCCCGGCUCCGAAGGCGGUUGACUUGUCCAACCCAAGCGCUCCCGGCAAAGAGCAGCCGCUGCCCGCAGCCAUGGGAUCCCUGUGGAGCAGGGAAACGGGGAAGGAGGUGGAGCCCAUGGUCCACGUUAACGGGGUCGUUCCCGGCAGCAAAGGGCCGGACGCCGGGAAGGGCAAGGACGGGGCUUGUGCUCACUCCUGUCUCAACGGCGGCGUGGAAGGCAACGAGCUGCUCAAAGAAAUCGAGCCCGUCCUGGACCUGCUGAAGAGCCGCAGUAAGGACAGCGAUGGAGAUGCGCCCUCCAAGGUAGAGACACGGGAUAUAGAAGUCCAGGUGGACUGUUUCAGGGAAGGGGAGAGCAAUCCCCAGAAAGCUUUGCCGGCUGGGAUGGAGAACGAUCGUGUCCUGGGGGACCUGUGGGGGAAGAGCAACGUCCCCGUGGUCCUGAACAACCCCUACUCGGAAGCAGAGCAGCCGCCGCCGUCCGGGCGCCAGUCCCCGACCAGGAACACCCUCAACGGGAGCCCCUCCAAGUGCCCCCGCUUCGUGAAAAUCAAGAACUGGGAGACGGGAUCCGUGCUCCACGACACCCUGCACCUCAAAACUGCCAUGGCCACGGCGUGCACCGAGCAGAUCUGCAUGGGCUCCGUGAUGACCCCCAGCCCCCACAUCCGCAAGUCAGAGGACACCAGGACCAAGGAGGAGCUGCUGCUCCUGGCCAAGGACUUCAUUGACCAGUACUACUCCUCCAUAAAGAGAUCCGGCUCCAAGGCCCACAUGGAGAGGCUGGAGGAGGUGACCAAGGAGAUUGAGGCCACUGACACGUACCAGCUGCGGGACACGGAGCUGAUCUACGGAGCCAAGCACGCCUGGAGGAACGCGGCGCGCUGUGUGGGCAGGAUCCAGUGGUCCAAGCUGCAGGUGUUCGAUGCCCGGGACUGCACCACGGCCCACGGGAUGUUCAAUUACAUCUGCAACCACAUCAAGUACGCCACCAACAAGGGGAACCUCAGAUCCGCCAUCACCAUCUUCCCGCAGCGCACGGACAGCAAACACGACUUCCGCAUCUGGAACGCGCAGCUGAUCCGCUACGCCGGCUACAAACAGCCCGACGGCUCCGUCCUGGGCGAUCCCGCCAACGUGGAGCUGACCGAGAUCUGCAUCCAGCAAGGCUGGAAGGCACCGUACGGGCGCUUCGACAUCCUGCCCCUGCUCCUCCAAGCCAACGGCAACGACCCCGAGCUCUUCGAAAUCCCGCCGGAACUGGUGCUGGAAGUGCCCAUCCGGCACCCCAAGUUUGAGUGGUUUAAGGAGCUGGGCCUGAAGUGGUACGGGCUGCCAGCCGUUUCCAACAUGCUCCUGGAGAUCGGGGGCCUGGAGUUCUCCGCCUGCCCCUUCAGUGGCUGGUACAUGGGCACGGAGAUCGGCGUCCGCGACUACUGCGACAACUCCCGCUACAACAUCCUGGAGCAAGUGGCCAAGAAAAUGAACCUGGAUAUGAGGAAAACCUCCUCGCUGUGGAAGGACCAGGCCCUGGUGGAGAUCAACAUCGCUGUGCUCUACAGCUUCCAGAGUGACAAGGUGACCAUCGUGGAUCACCACUCGGCCACCGAGUCCUUCAUCAAGCACAUGGAGAACGAGUACCGCUGCCGGGGCGGCUGUCCCGCCGACUGGGUCUGGAUUGUCCCGCCCAUGUCGGGCAGCAUCACCCCCGUGUUCCACCAGGAGAUGCUCAACUACCGCCUGACGCCCUCCUUUGAGUACCAGCCGGACCCCUGGAACACCCACGUCUGGAAAGGGGUCAAUGGGACCCCCACCAAGAAGAGGGCCAUUGGCUUUAAGAAGCUGGCAAAGGCUGUGAAGUUCUCAGCCAAGCUGAUGGGCCAAGCCAUGGCCAAGAGGGUCAAGGCCACCAUCCUGUACGCCACGGAAACGGGGAAGUCGCAGGUCUAUGCAAAAACUCUGUGUGAGAUCUUCAAACACGCCUUUGAUGCCAAGGUGAUGUCCAUGGACGAGUACGACGUCGUGCACCUGGAGCACGAAACCAUGGUCCUGGUGGUCACCAGCACCUUCGGCAACGGGGACCCCCCCGAGAACGGAGAGAAAUUUGGCUGUGCGUUAAUGGAGAUGAAGAAUCCCAACUCCAACCUGGAGGAGAGGAAGAGCUACAAGGUCAGGUUCAACAGCGUCUCCUCCUACUCGGACGCGCGGAAAUCCUCCAGUGAUGGCCCCGACUCCAGGGACAACUUCGAGAGCACGGGGCCCCUGGCAAACGUCAGGUUCUCCGUCUUCGGGCUGGGCUCCCGUGCUUACCCCCAUUUCUGCGCCUUCGCCCGCGCCGUGGACACGCUCCUGGAGGAGCUGGGGGGAGAGAGGAUCCUCCGCAUGGGAGAAGGGGAUGAGCUCUGUGGCCAGGAGGAAUCCUUCAGGACCUGGGCCAAGAAGGUCUUCAAGGCAGCGUGUGACGUGUUCUGCGUGGGGGACGACGUCAACAUCGAGAAAGCCAACAACUCCCUCAUCAGCAACGACCGCAGCUGGAAGAGGAGCAAGUUCCGCCUGACCUACGUGGCCGAGGCCCCGGAGCUCACACAAGGACUGUACAGCAUCCACAAAAAACGCGUCUACGCGGCGCGGCUCCUCACGCGCCAGAACCUGCAGAGCCCCAAGUCCAGCCGCCUGACGAUUUUCCUGCGCCUGCACACCAACGGGCACCAGGAGCUCCAGUACCUGCCCGGGGACCACCUGGGGGUGUUCCCAGGGAACCACGAGGACUUGGUCAAUGCCCUCAUAGACAGGCUCGAGGAUGCCCCUCCGACCAACCAGCUGGUGAAGGUGGAGCUGCUGGAGGAGAGGAGCACGGCUCUAGGUGUCAUCAGUAACUGGACAGACGAGAACCGUGUCCCACCCUGCACCAUCUUCCAGGCCUUCAAGUACUACCUGGACAUCACCACCCCUCCCAGCCCGCUGCUGCUGCAGCAGUUCGCUCUGCUGGCCACCAGUGACAAGGAGAAGAAACGUCUGCAGGUCCUCAGCAAGGGCUUGCAGGAGUACGAGGAGUGGAAGUGGUCCAAGAACCCCACGAUCGUGGAGGUGCUGGAGGAGUUCCCUUCGGUGCAGAUGCCCUCCACGCUGCUGCUCACCCAGCUGCCCCUCCUGCAGCCUCGCUACUACUCCAUCAGCUCGUCCCCGGAGAUGUACCCGGGAGAGGUCCACCUCACCGUGGCUGUGGUGUCCUACCGCACCCGAGAUGGAGAGGGACCGAUCCACCACGGAGUCUGCUCCUCGUGGCUCAGUCGGAUCCAGACAGACGAGGUGGUGCCGUGCUUUGUGCGAGGUGCCCCCGGGUUCCACCUGCCCCAGGACCCCCAGGUGCCCUGCAUCCUCAUCGGGCCCGGCACCGGCAUCGCCCCUUUCCGGAGCUUCUGGCAGCAGCGGCUCUUUGACAUCCAGCACAAAGGGCUGAAGCCGUGCCCCAUGGUGCUGGUGUUCGGCUGCCGGCAGUCCAGGAUCGACCACAUCUACAAGGAGGAGACGCUCUUUGCCAAAACCCAAGGGGUGUUCAGAGAGCUGUACACGGCCUAUUCCCGGGAACCGGACAAACCAAAGAAAUACGUGCAGGACGUGUUGCAGGAGCAGCUGGCCCAGACCGUGUUCAAAGCACUGAAGGAGCAGGGAGGCCACAUCUACGUCUGCGGGGAUGUCACCAUGGCCGGGGACGUGCUCAAGACGGUGCAGCGCAUCGUGAGGCAGCAGGGCCAGCUGUCGGCCGAGGAGGCAGGAGCCUUCCUCAGCAAGCUGCGGGAUGACAGCCGGUACCACGAGGAUAUUUUUGGAGUCACCCUGCGCACGUACGAGGUGACAAACCGCCUUAGAUCCGAGUCCAUCGCCUUCAUCGAGGAGAGCAAAAAAGACACGGAUGAGGUUUUCUGCUCCUAACCGGACCCUUCGCCCCCAGGGGAGGCCAAACCAGUCCCAGCACCUGCUGCCCCCUCCAGCUGGAGGGCACUGGGUUUUGUAUUUCACGGACACGGUGGCUCCUUUUCCACGGGGAACUGCCCAUGGAAAGCGCUCUGUCUCUCGUCCUGUUGUUGUGUCCUGAUGAUGAUGAUGAUAAUUACUUUCAUUUCCUUUUCUUCCCCCUUCUCUUGAUCUUGUCCUGUGGCCAUUUCUUUUCACCUCCUUCCCCUUCCCUGGAUUUCCCCACUGGAGUUUGAUGGCUUUAUAACCUGCAGUGGCUCUUUUCAGAAUUUCACAUUUCCCCUCCUUCCCGUGAGGGCGUUUUGCAGCUGCAUGAAAUCACCACCUUUGUGAUCAUUUUUGGGUGUUUCUGGGCCUGAGCAGAGGUGGCAGGGGCUGGGCAGUGGUGAGGUCUUGUUGCUUGUCCAGAGCUGGGGGGUUGUUCCUGCCAGGCUCCCUCUUUCCCCUGAUCCUGGCUGAAUCCUUGUGUUUUCAUGGCUUUGGACAAACCCGGGCACGUGCCCGAGGCUGGGUGCAGGUGAUGUGCAAUUCCAUCCAAUUCCCAUGAAUUUGAUUCAUCCCCAGGCAGCCUGGGCACAGCUCUGUGAUUUCUGAUCUGACUUUUGUGUCACGAUUUCUCCCAAACGGGCCCUGCGCUUUGUCCCUCUUUUCCUGCUCUCUUCUCCCGCUCCCUGAGCCUCUCCUUUUGCUCCAUCCCGACUUUUUCCGGCAUGGGAGUUCUCCCACCAGCUCUGAACACACAGGCUGAUGAGCAGCCCAAGGAAAAGCUGCAGUGAUUUCUCCAGAGGGUUUUACAGGGAAUGCUGGACCUGCAGCCGCGGUGCCGGCGGGACACGCGGAGGGUCCGGCUGCACCCAGAGCUCUGCGGGCUCCCACCCUCUCCCAGGUGAGCCUGGAAAGCCUCGAGGACGGGACAGAAGCAGCUCCCAGCUGCCAGAGGCACCCCUUGGGAACAAAGGCAGCACUCGGAGGGGGACGGAGGCUCCGGGUUUUUGGUGAGGAUGUGCCAGCAGAGGAAUCAUGAAAUCCCAGAGCCGCCAGCUCUUAGCUCAUCUCACGAGCGCUUCUGGGACGGCAGAGCCCAGCUCUUUCCACAUUUUGAGGAGCAGAAAGUGCCACGCUGGAGCCACCUGCCUGCCAAGAGAGACACGUGUGGCGUUCUGGGGGUGAGGCAGGCCCCUCUCGUCAU